CGGAGAUGGCCAUCGCCGGAACGUUAUCCGUCAAAACGGAGAAGACGUUGUUCUCCGAUGGAAUGUUCUAGACGAUGGGUUUCCUCUUCCAUAGAUUCUUCUCAUUGCACGGAUAAGGUUGUAGUUGUUUCAUACAAUAUACUUGGUGUUGAAAAUGCAUCAAAGCAUCUGGACUUGUAUUCUAAUAUUCCACAUAGUUUAUUGGAGUGGGACAGGAGGAAAAGACUCAUACUUAAAGAGAUUAAUAACUAUAAUGCAAGCAUACUGUGUUUCCAGGAGGUUGAUCAUUUUAAUGAUUUGGAUGAUCUUUUCUCGAGCAGUGGAUUUAAAGGUGUUUACAAGGCUCGCACAGGGGAAGCACAAGAUGGAUGUGCUGUAUUUUGGAAAGACAAGUUAUUCAAUCUUUUGCAUCAAGAAGAUAUAGAGUUCCAAAGAUUUGGCCUGCGUAACAAUGUUGCUCAGCUUUGUGUUUUGGAGGCAAACCAUGAUAAACCAGAAUCUGAUGCAUGUAACCUAACAACAAUGGCACCAUCCAUAGGAAAAAAAAGAUUUGUAGUAGGAAAUAUACAUGUGCUAUUCAACCCAAAUCGUGGCGACAUCAAACUGGGCCAGGUCAGACUUUUACUUGAUAAAGCUCACAAAUUGUCUCAAGAAUGGGGCAACAUUCCUGUUAUUAUUGCUGGGGAUUUAAAUAGUGUUCCACAGAGUGCAAUAUAUAAAUUUCUAUCUUCAUCCAAGUUAGACAUCCAAUUACAUAAUCGCAGAAAUAUGUCAGGACAGCUUGAAAUCCAGUCCAACAACAGAGUCUUCAGAUCACAGAUUGGUGAUGGCACUAGCGUUGCAAUGUCUGUUUCAAGGCAGCUGUUAUACAGAUGGAGUGUGGAAGAACUAAAACUUGCGACUGGCACAGAAGGAACCACUCAUCUUCAGCACCAUCUCAAGCUCUGCAGUGCUUAUAGUGGUGUUCCUGGAAACCAUAGAACUAGAGAUGAUAUUGGGGAGCCCUUGGCAACGUCUUACCACUCCAAGUUCAUGGGAACUGUUGAUUAUAUCUGGCAUUCAGACGAUCUUAUUCCAGUUAGAGUACUUGAAACCUUGCCCAUCGAUAUUCUUAGAAAAACUAGAGGACUCCCUAGUGAGAAAUGGGGAAGUGACCACCUAGCUGUUGUAUGUGAAUUGGCUUUUGCAAACAACGGCAACAUAUCCUGACUGCUUCAGUAUGAAAUUCCAACCCUGCGUUGAAUAUUCUCAUUCUUAAAAUCUUUUACAAUUGUAUAUAUGAUAUCUGACCCUUGAGCUGAUUAACAAAUAUGGAGAUUGAGGAGAGUCAAAGCAUUGUUGCCAUCGUAGAUCUCAUUAAUUUCUACUGUCAUUGUCCACUUCUACCCCUUUCAAGACCUCUUCUCUUUCCCUGCUCAUUUCUUUCACGGUAAAGGAGAAUCAAGGAGAUCAAACUGUGAAUUGCACCUGAUAAUUGGAGGUGAAUAUCAUGUUGCAGCAGAUCUGCAAACUCUCCUUCCUAGCUCUGACAUGUUGCUUGGAACUUUGGAAAUGCUUUAAAAUUCAUCAAGAACUUUCUACAUGGUGAGCAUGCUGGGUAACCUCUGAUUAUGAGGUUCAGAGAGCAAAUGGUAGAUAUAUCUUAAAUGUUAUUAUUUUAUGAUGUUCGGAGGACAAGUUGACUGCCGUUAGCACUAAUCUUUUGGAGAUUUUUAUCAACAAUUGUAGCACUUUUCAAAUAGAAAUUCCAAU